AGGUCCUACUGCUCUUCAGUGCACAGUUUCUCUCUCCAAAUUGAAAGUUGUGUGUGUAGCUUUGGUGUCGAGGUUAAAUCAAGCCGACAUUGCUUGUGCAGGCUGAAAAGCCCUGGCUGGAGAUUGGGGGAUGGAGGGGAAUGAAAUGGAUCAAGAUGAGUCUAGGAAUGAAAUUGAAACAGAUGGACCUGAGCUGCCUGUUUUGGAUUUAUUUAUACGGCUGGAUUAAAGGCGAGUGUGUGUGUGCGUGCGUGCGUGCGUGUGUGUGUGUGUGAGUGAUUGAGAGAUACACUCCUGCUUGUGUCGGGAGUGACCGUCACACAUCCCCCGUAGAGGUCACUGUGGUGACCAAAAUCCUCCCGUCAUCAGUGGAGCAGAGUGGGAGUGGGGAUCCGUCGCUUCUUUUCCACUUUUUCUCUCCGAGAGGCCGAGGGAAGACGCACAGCAGCCUCCUCCCACCAUGGCCUUCGUCAAGAGAGUGCGCUCCCCCUCCCUGUCCUUCUUCCAGACGGUGGUGUCCCUCCUGCUGAGCACCGUGGCCCUCACCUCUUCCUUCUGGUGCUCGGGUCAGCAGAAGGUGCCCAAGCCUCUCUGCACGGCCACCAAGUUCACGCGGUGCAUCCCCGUGCCGGGCGUGUCCAACACCUCCAACAUCCAGUUCUUCUGGGAGACGGGCGACGACCGCUUCGUCUUCCCGAACUUUCACACCGGCCUGUUCAUCAUCUGCGAGGAGAACAUCUACGUGGACGAAUGGGAGGAGAAAUGUCGAUGGUUUUACAGUUUGACUCCCGAAUCAGAGGAAGCAAUGAUUUGGCUGUGUCUCACGUUGGAGUUCAUGUACGUCGGCCUGCUGCUGGUCAGCUGCCUACUGCUGUCCGCCCAGCUGUGCAUCACGGCCUGGUUUCCCUCCACGCUGCGCUGGGGCCAGAUGCUCAACGCCUUUGCGGCGGUCUUCACGGUCUUGGGAGGUCUUCUUGGGAUGGUGGGUCACAUGAUGUUCAUGCAGGUGUUUCAGACCACGGUUUCAAUGGGACCAGAAGACUUUAAACCUCACAGCUACGGCUACUCCUGGGCAUUCUAUUUGGUGUGGCUAGCCUUCACCGUGUGCAUGGCGGCGGGCGUCUCCACCCUGAACAACUACACCAAGAAGGUCCUGAUGGUGGGGCCCAGGAGUAGCUCCAGCCUCAACCCCUGCAGCUUUAACUUCAUGGGCCUCCUGCCACCCGCUCCCCACUACACCCCCCCAAACCUGCCCGUCACCCUGUCCGCCCCUCUGCCUGCCCCCGUGAUCUCCCACCUGUCUCCCUACUACGAGCCUCCGCCGCCCGCUUCGCCGAGGCUCACCCACUCCCACUCACUUCCCCUGACUCACUCGGACUCCUUCCCUCCUCCCCCGCACCGCCCGGCACCCGCGUCCCCGUUCCACCGCCUCUCCCUGUCCUCCCCGUCUCUCUCGCCUUCCAUCUCCGUUCACAGGAUGCUUCCGGGACGCGCGGAGCAUCCCUUCGAUCGGGACGAGGAUUACAGCCCGCUUUGAACUCUGCAAAAGUGCAUCUCGGCAAAUCAGAGUAUCGUCAAUAACUUGUGAAACGCAUCACAUUUCAACACUUUUGGCCAAAAAAGACUUGUGUUUAACAAGGAUGGUAGGUUAGGUUUUGGUUGAAGACUACAGAGUUGACCAGGAAACAGCCAUUAACUCAACAGCAACCUUUCUGUUCACUGAGCACUCUGUCCAAGGAUUUUGAUGGAAAAUUGAGUGGAAGGAAAAAAGUCUGACACAGCGAACCUGAAUAAAAUCAGCUGCUAUUCUUUCAACCCUUUAGAAUCCACGUGAAAGUAAAUUCGGUCUCCCUGUAAAAAUAUCGAUCAAAAAUUUACAUCUGUGCAGUUAAACAUAAUUGAUUUGCAAUAAGCAUACAAUUGUAAAGUUUGAAACAACCAGAAAAUUUAGAUUCUUUUUUUUUAUUUAUCAUUUUUAUGUAACUGCUUAUGAAGUGUUGAAGGUGCAGACUGGAAAAUACAACGAAACUGCAAAAUGUAACCGUCCACUUCUAUUACAAAUUUGAUUUAAAAGAAAAAUAUCUCAAAAAUAACUUUUCUGGACAUAUUUUUGUCCCGCGGUUUUCCACAUUUAUCCAUUUUCUUUCAACAUCCAGUCAUCAUCAGUGAGGACUCAGAUGAAAGCAAUCCUUUGUUAUAUGCUGAAGUGUAAUUAAUGCCAUAUCAAUACAAUAAAAUAGUAAGUUACCUUGCAGAAUUUGAGAUUUUAGACAAUCAUUUUCUUCACGUUUCCUCUCUCCAAUCAACUUCUAAAGUUUAGUUCUUUGAAAAUUUUUUGGAUUUUUUCCCCUUUUCUUCCCAGCUUCAUUUUCAGCUUCAUUCGUCCUGAAAUAAGGGCCGCCUGUCUAAACACAGAACGAAUGACCUCGUCUCUGUUUGAACUCAGACGAAUGUCUUGGUGUGAACCGUCGAUCCUG